AUGGAGAAACUGGGCCGGGAAAUAUCUAUCACUUGUGAUAUCAUUGAUAACAUUAAAAGCAUCCAUGAUUUAUACAGAGAUGGUUAUGAUGAAAACGUCUCAUCUUUCCUUAAGAGUAUUGAAGCUCGAAAAACAGGUGAUGCGUGGACUUAUGGCAGGAGGCUUCACAAUGCAGAGAGUUUACUUCAAAUGUUACUGGAUUUACAUUAG